ACGUUAAUUCCACGCAUUAUGGUACUGCAUUAAGGUGAAACACUUCGCCGAAAAAAUCAUAAUGGCAUUAUUGUUUGCCAAAAAUCAUAACUGCUUACUGAAAGUGUGUAUUGCAAAUCGAUCAGUGUUUGCGACAGCCGCUGGAACUUUGAAUGUCAGGGGUUUGGCAGAACUCACCAAGCUGACAAACAAAACGGUUUCUCACCUUGGGCAUUCGACUCGUGUAUUCCAAAAGCAUUUAUUGUUGUUUCCAAGAUGUCUCUUUCAAACCGACAGUAGCGUCAUUCGGGGACUGAAAUUACACAGACUGUUCAGUACAGGAAACGAACUUUACCGUCAAACACCUCAAAUUAAGAGCAAAGGGAAGGAGUUCAAAAACUUAUUUGAUUUGGAUACAAAUGUUAAAAAGGAUGUACUUCUGUUUAGUUGCUAUAAAGCAGAUCCUAUUUACACGUUUUUCUCCUGGUUUGGUUUGAUAUUUUUGGGUAUAGCCGCUGGUAUAGCAAAUUUUUCAUGGACGCUAUUUGGUGCCCUCCCUGUUGAAACUGAAGAGGAAAAGGAAAAACCAUGGUCCCAGAGAUUAUCCUUACGAAACAAAAUAAUGAGAUACGCCUUUGUGGCGGUGAUGGUUAUAGUAGGUUUAUUGGUGGCUGGAUUGGGCUUCAUGGUUCCAUCCAGAACAGUUCGAGAGAUCCAUUUGGUGGCUGGAGGGAAGAAGGGUCGGAUCGUAACAUUUGGACCUUUUGGGAGAAACAUCAAAAUAGAGCGUCCCCUAAAAGAAAUCGUCCCCUUGCAUAGCCGUACUGAGCACAAGACCGACUUGAAUAUGAAAAUUAUAGGCUACACAGGUUUCUUUACAUUAGACACAGGCAGAGGAAUUUUCCAUGAGGAGAAAUUAUAUGACUUCACAGUGGGUUCUAAGAAUGCAUAAUGAGAAAAAAAUUGAAUGUUGACUUGUGCACAUGAAAUGUUUAAGAAACAUUUUUACCAUUUAAACAUCUGAGUAGCAUAUGUGAGAACAAAAAUCAGUCGAAACUCACCAAAUUAUAUUUGAAUCAGAAGUGUAUAAUUACGGAAAUUAUCCACUAGCUCAAGGGCUACUACGUAUACAGUAACAGUAUGUAGCCUUUUUUAGCCACCUGGCCCGAAGCACCUACUGUGAGCUUAGGGGGUCCAUCCUACAUGAACCUUUUCCUUCUAAAUGUUAGCAUGCAUGUAGUAUGGCACAAAAGGUCCAUGAACCAUAAUUGGACCCACACUGAAACCGGACCUAGCUCUGACUAUACCUAACUUCCAUUACAGGUGAUUUUGUGUAACAGGAUUAGGGCUCAUUCGGUACCAAGUUUAUGAACUGCAAAAAGUGUUGAUGUAUUGUAAUAUGCAUGUAAUCUACAUUUACACUGUCAAUCAUUUCAAAUGUCCUCCAUAUGCAGAAACUUCAACUGUGCAUCUGUAAAAGAGUUAAAGCAAAUAUCCUUUGCUUGAAGAGGGCAGAAAAUACAUUGUAUUCACACAGAUAAUCAGUUAUUUGAGUAUACACUCGAGUAAUGAAUUAAUAAAUAACAUGUUGCUUGUUUGCCUUUAAAAAAAUAAAGCAAAUGUCUCUACUUGCAAAGGGCAGGUAUACAUAACGUUCAAACCCUGUACAGAAAUUGAGACAUUUGUGUUGCACAAUAAAAUGAUUGUAUU